UGAUUAUUGAUUUUGUUGGUUGUAUCUUGUACAUGUACAAUGUCCCUUUUAUAAAAUUUAUCCGUGAAUCGUGAAUGCGAUAUGAGAGGUCGGUGGGUCAAAAAAUGUUAAACUGUAGAUUUUAGGUGCUCGUCAUGGUAUUUGCUCAUUGUGUUAUAAUUUCUGAGCUAUGGCUUUAUUUUUAUGCAUCUAUCCUCUUGAGCACAGAGCAAAUCCCAUGUCACAUGCAACAACAAUACUUUAAAACAAGUUUCUAGUCAUGCUUAGGCUGUAGAUAGUACUUUCUUAAUUGUUAUUAUGUUAUAUUCGUUAAAAAUUAAGCUAUGCUGAAAUUUACUCAUAGUUUUUGCAGAUAUUCUCAUCUUACAUAUGAAAAUUUACAUUACAAUACAAUACAGAUAAAAAAAUUUACACAUUUAACUUGUAGAGGGAAGACAUGUGGUAUAUUGAAUGUUCACUUGUUUUUAAAUCCUUUUGUAUCGCCUGGUGUGCGGGGUAGGUUGUUAGCUAAUAUAAAGAAGCAUUUCCGAGUUAAAAAGCUAGACUCACAGUCAAGUGCGUCUACAUCGCACAAGAAAAUGAGUGAGUCAUUGCAACCCACAUUACACCAUGCUAGCUUCGGAGGACAGUUUGAAGUCAGCGAUGAUGGUGGCUCCUUUGAGAAUUGGCAAAAUGCAGCCUCAAGUUCGGGUGAAGAUCCAAGCAAUCCACACGCGGGCGUCCUGCCGCCGGACUUCCGGGUGUGGGAGCUCGUUGAAUCAUGGCACAGCAGUUCUACAAAAUCGAACACCUUAAAAAUCCGAGUGGUAUCGUACAAUGUGCUCGCUCAGUACUUACUCCAGAGUCACCCCUACUUGUACACGGCCUGCAAACCGAACAACUUGAAGUGGCAGGUGCGAGCGGCGAAGCUCUUUGACGAGAUCAUACAUUUGGCGCCAGAUAUACUCUGCCUUCAAGAAGUGCAAGCGUCGCACCUGAACUGCUUCUACGGAAGAUUCGAGAGCUUAGGUUACGAUGGUCUAUUCAAACAGAAGACUGGACACCGGGAAGAUGGUUGUGCCAUAUACAUCAAGAAGUCGCAGUUCGAAAUACAAGAUCAGAACACUGUGGAGUAUUACCAGCCUGAGAUGCCGGUACUAAACCGGGAUAACAUCGGUCUGAUGGUGAAGCUGACACCGCGCGGCUCGAGCGGCACCCCCAUAGUGGUGGCCACCACGCACCUGCUGUACAACCCCGAGAGGACUGACGUGAGACUGGCCCAGAUACAAGUGCUGCUGGCUGAGAUAGAUCGGUUCGCGUACUUCGAUAAUGGCAAGGAAUCUGGAUAUUUGCCCAUCAUCUUGACCGGAGAUUUGAAUUCUACACCCGACAGCGCAGUGAUUAAGCUGCUGAAUCGAGGUUAUGUCAGCGCGACGGCGUUCCGCGACGGCCGCUCGGACUGGCGUCGCAUCGGCGUCACCGACAACUGCCAGCAUCUCUCCGUGUACCUCAACCGGCAGAUCGGCAACGCGACCACCGACUUCAAUAUGACCAGGAUAUACAACUCGGACUACUCGAUGUCGCUCCCGGACGGCAGCAUGGCGGACGAGGUGUGGGAGCACGGGGAGCUGUUCAACAGCGACGACGUGGGGCACCCGCUGCAGCUCACCUCGGUGUACAACACCGUCAAGCCGGACGGCGAGAGGGAGGCCACCACCUACCAGAAAAAUUGGGUCACCGUCGACUAUAUGUACUUCAGCAAACACAGUUCGCUGAAGCUGAUCGAGCGGCUUCGCCUGCCCACCGUCACGGAGUGCAAAUCUCUCGGCCAGCUGCCCAACGAUAUCUAUGGGUCUGACCACCUAGCCGUGGCCGCUACCUUUGCACUAACACCUAACACCAAAUAACUUGACACUGAAACACUAACACACUUGUUCAUUUUGUGUACAUUUAAAUCUGUAUGGCCCUCAAAUUGAAUUGUUAUUGGUCGUAUUUAUUUUUUAUUGGUUAUAAUAGGGCCUCCGUUAUUUGGUAGGUUUUUGAAAGCGUAUUAAUAUGCGUGUUAACGACAGUGAGAUAUUUCAAUUCAGUAGAAAUUACACAUGUGUUUACGUAGGCGUUAAAGAAAAGGUGUUUUAGGUGUGAUGUAUAUAAUAUUUGCAACUGCAUAUUUACUUGGGGAAAAAAAGUGUGUUGUAACAGUUGCGAUAAAUCUACGGGUUUUUGAUGAUUUUUGGAUAUUAUACAGACACGAUAUAUCAUUUUCUCUUAUUGUAACAUGUUUACAUGUUUUGGUCCGCCUUGUCCAGAUUUUUUAUAUCUUUAGAACGAAAUUUCGUCGGCCAAUUAUAUUCCAUCAAAUAAAUAGAUUCAUAGAAUUUACAAUGCAUAUUUUGCUUAUUUUUUUUUAAUAAUUCUCAAGUGCAAAUAUACAAAAAAUAAAAAGCAAAACGCUAUAGAAAAACAAAAAAAAAAACAACCAUUAUUGUUUUUAUUUUUGUGAGCUAUAAAUCUUCCUGUCUCUAGACAAAAAAAAAUAUCUUUAUAUUAAAUUAAGCUUUGGUGUAAGGCCAAUUAUAAAAUUACAAUAUUAUGAUCUUUGUGUGAAAAAUGCCACUAAAAAUUUCCGACUUUUGGAAAUACUUUUACCAACAUCAACCAUGGUUGCUCAAUACAAAGGCGAGAUUUAAAAAGUUAUUUUAUCUAAUGAUAAGUAACGUAGUUAAUAAGGCAAUCAAUGAGUCGUUAGGAUUUGACCAAAAAAAUAUUAUCGGGUUAAUUCUUAUAGGAUCAGUAGAUAAGAUGACGCAUUGGGAUGACCUGAAAAAUUCAGAUUGUCCCACAGAAGAAAUUUUAUCAAAACUUAAUUGUUUUUUUCAAAACAUCGUUUCUAUUUAUCGAUGUUUUUUUGUCUUCCCUAAUGUUUUAUCGUAUUCGAUUAUGAAUGUUGUGUUUUUUAUUAUUAUUUUAAUUCAUUUAAUGUUUUAUGUACAAUUUUAUUUUCGUUUCGCACCCGGCCGUGAAGGCUGGUCUGUUUUUUGUUUUUGUUUGUCGUUUAUAAUCACGUUUGAUUUGAUUCACAAUAAUGUAUGUUGUAUUUAUUUUAACCAAUUACCAAACCGAUUAUGCCAUAAGAAUUCUAGUUCGGUACGUUGAACCAUUUCUAUAUGGUUUAUGAAAAUAGAUGAGACAAGAGAGAGGGAUGGCUGAGAGUUAGAACAGCUGAUUGCGUUAAUCGCACCGUCUAUUAGUGAUUUAAUAUUAUCUGUGUAUUCUAUUUAGUCAGUCUCUCGCACUGGUAAACAUUCGACAUUGUUAACGUAUCGUCAUAAGUAUUUUGUACGUUAUUUGUAAUAAGUAGUGACCACAUUUGGUACGAUUUGUCAUAUUUCCCAUUGUAAGACGAUGUAGUUACGUGACAGUAUCGGUUUAGAUUUAAAUGUUUCGUCAGUGCGAACUAAUAUAUUAAGGAUAUUACUUUCGUUACCUUAAGAAUACGUGUAAGAAUGGUUGUGAUGAACCUAAUGAUAGCUAUUUCGAGCCAAGCUAGGUCAAGUCAGCUUCCGUAUAGCAUUUGAUGAGGAAUUUCAGCAAGGAGAGCUUUAACUCUAUUGGGCGGAGAUUUUUUGGCCAACGGCAAGAUUCGAGAAACGGCCCGAAUGGAUCUAACUUGGCUCUUAUCCAUUGUAAAUUAAUCCAUGCUUGACAUCACCCGCGCCAGGGUCUUAUAGGGUUCUAGUUUUUAUUUUAUAUAUCCAUUAACUUUACCGUAUGGUAUAGCAACGCUAAAGCGCUUGAAUGUCAUUGAAUGUUAUUGAAUAAAGUCCCUUUUUCAAAUUA